AGUCAGACCAUAAAAUAUAAAACCACAGCAUCGUUUGCUUUCUUCUUUCUGUCUCUCGUCGCCCACACUGAUCAGUCACAGAAAUUCUUCUCUGUUGCGGAAAUCUUUGGAAAUGACUUUACAAGCUUCCUCCUUCGCCGUUGGCAAUCCUUCCAUUUCGUCACCCUUUCGAGGCCACCGCAAUUUCCCUGUCUUUCGAGCCCAAGUGGAGCCAUCAGAGAAAUCUGUUGAAAUAAUGAGGAAGUUCUCAGAGCAAUACGCUCGUAAGUCAGGAACUUACUUUUGUGCUGACAAGGGGGUCACUUCUGUUGUCAUUAAGGGGUUGGCUGAUCAUAAAGAUGCAUUAGGUGCACCAUUGUGCCCUUGCCGACAUUAUGAUGAUAAAGCUGCUGAGGUUGGGCAGGGCUUUUGGAAUUGUCCUUGUGUUCCCAUGAGAGAGAGGAAGGAGUGCCACUGCAUGUUGUUUCUCACUUCUGACAACGAUUUUGCUGGCAAUGAACAGACGAUCACCAUGGAAGAGAUUAAAUCAGCAACGGCAAAUAUGUAACACACACAAGCUAUUGUGUACCGACAACUGAGUUGCUCGUUAAAAUCCUUAUUAUAUUCAUCCGAUGAUAUGUUUGUAUCUACAGGAAGUAAUAUGUAUUAUCUUCUAUUUGACUA